GAAAACAACCUCGUAUAUAAAAGUGCGAGCUUCCGGGUCUGAGAAACAGUAUAGAGAGGGUGUUAUGAUCGACUGAGAGUUUUGUUCUUGGCCGAUUGAUUGUUUAUGUUUGUUGUAGGCCUAAUACCACUCUUAAGCUGAAGUAAUAGUAAGAAAAAGGCUUGAUUAUCUGUGAUCAAAAUGGCCCUUUAUCUGCAAGUAAUUGCAACUGUUUGGGCAGGAUGUUUCUGUGCCUCUCUGGGCAGUGGUGUGACCCCCAUCGCCUCAUCAUCCCAGGACAGUCUCCCGAUUGGAGAUCCGAGGAGAUGCCUCCUUCGUCCGGAGGACCAGCAGCGCAUCUUGACCUUCGAAGGGCUGCCUGGAGGAGGAUGGGACAACCUAAGAAACAAGGAGUCCGGACUAGUGACGGAUAUCAACUACACCCAGUGCCGUUUUACAGAGGACGGCCAGUUUCUGAUUCCAGACGGUACCUACGUCAUACCAAUCAAGUCCAGCAAAGUUGACACCUACGCUGAGAUUUUUGUUCACUGGAAGAACUACACGUCAACUCUCUCUAGAAGCAUCAACGCAAACGCCGGGCUGGGCUUCGGUGGGAUCGGGAUCAGUGGAGGGUUCUCUGACGAGUACCAAAGUGUCAAGACAAGCGAAUACCGUGACAGCUCGGACACCGUCCGGGUCCAAGCACGUUACGUCCGCUACACAGCGAAACUCCAGCCAGACACGCCCCUGAGCAAAGCCAGCAAGGCUCGUCUCUUGAGGAUUGGCGCCCAUCAUGAGCUCAACCGAACCAACCUGGCCACGUUCGAGAGUCAGCUCUUCGUCAGGGACUUUGGGACACACGUCAUCACCAGCAUUGAUGUCGGGGCUGCCCUGUCACAAGAAGACCAGGUCCUGUCCAGCUUCGUCAGGAAGUAUUCCUCCGAGACCAACCAAGUCAAAGCAUCAGCUAGUGCCUCUUUCUUCUCGGUCUUCAAUUUCAACCUGGGUUUCUCUACUACCACAACAAAGACCAUGGUAGAUGAGUAUCAGAAAAGCAGGACCUCAUCGGUCAUCCACACAAACGGAGGACCUGUCUUCAAGCCCACGAACUACACUGCAGAUAACUGGACCGCGGACAUGGUAAACAACCUGGUGGCUAUAGAUCGCUCUGGUGAUCCGAUUUACUAUGUCAUCACUCCUGAGACUCUUCCAGAACUUCCUCUGUCGACUGUGUUCGAGACAUACAUGAGCGUGAAGGCAGCAGUUGAGCUCUACUACCAGCACAACAUGUACUACGGAUGUACAGACAGAGAGAGUCCAAACUUCAGCUUCAUCUCAAAUCUGGAUGACGGGUCGUGUAAGCCACCACUCACCAACUACACCUUCGGUGGUGUUUAUCAGACAUGCGAUCAAAAUGGUAUCACAGAUCUCUGUUCCAACCUCAGGCAGAAGAACCCACUUACUGGAGACUACACUUGUCCACCUGGGUAUGAGCCGGUCCUGCUGAACGAGGGAUCACGAUCAGCAACUACUAGCCAGCAUCACUGUCACAGAUGCUGGCUUGUCUUCCACUGCUGUCACGAUGACACCUAUCACAGUACAGGAACCUACAAGGCCUACUGGUGUGUGAAUGUUGGACAGGUUCCGCAGCAGUCAGGCUUCCUGUUUGGAGGUGUCUUCACCACUAAGGUCUCCAAUCCGCUCACCCAAGAACAGGGCUGCCCUGCUCAGUUCUACCCACUUCACCUGCUGUCAGACCUCACGGUAUGCGUCAGCGAUGACUACGAACUCGGUGCACAGUACGCUCUUCCCUUUGCCGGCUUCUACAGCUGCAAGUCCGGCAACCCACUCAUGGUCCAAAGGAGUAGUGGCACACCAUCUGAAUCCCGCCCAGGUGGUACUCUCAGCCUGGCACGCUUCAUGGAGCAAUCUGGCCCAACCUCCUGGCCACAUGGAUGCCCCAAAGGGUACAGCCAACACCUCGCUCUGGUCGACAAUGGAUGCGAAAUCGACUACUGCAUCAAAUCAGGAGCCCUCACAGCACCGAGGCUACCUCCCGUCAACCGUCCUCCCUUCAUGACUUUCCCAGAUAUGAUCUACCCAGAACGUGAUUCCAUCCAGCUCAAAGCAGAUGGGUCCAUGUGGAACCUCAUGGCGAACGGGACCGAUAUCGAAGGACACGGUCACAAAGUGAACCCGUGGACAUCAAGUAGCUCUUCCCUUUCCGCAGGGGCUGUUGCUGCUAUUUCUGUGGUGGUCACAGUGCUGUGUAUUGUGGUGGCUCAGGUCCUGCUGAUGGUGUACAGGUCCCGGAGUAAGAAGAGCCAGCGUAGCUACCAGGACACCACCUUGCCGCCUGACGAGUCCCCGUUGAUCAGAGAUCCACCUGUCAACUACGGUAUCCUUGAUGGCGAAGGAGGUGAUGCCAUUGUGACGGUUGGAUAAGAGAGUGUAUUGAGGUCCCGAAAUCAAACAUCUGAAAGAACACAACUUCGUGUGACAAGGGUGUUUUUUCUUCCAUUAUUAUCUU